UGCAGCUGCGGCGCGGAGCAGCGAGAGGAGGGCGACAUGAGCGACACGGACAAGAUCCUCCCAGAUCCGAUGGCGAAUCCGUCUCCCGCCAAAAGCAUCGGAGACCCGGGAAUCACCCCCCUGUCCCCCACACACAUACAGAAUGAGUCGGACCAGGUUCCAGACAGACCGUCGUUCGUCGUUGUCGUCGCCAUCGACUUUGGAACCACGUCGAGCGGCUACGCCUACGCCUUCACCAAAGAACCAGAGUGUAUCCACACCAUGAGGCGCUGGGAGGGCGGAGACCCCGGCGUGUCCAAUCAGAAGACACCGACCACCAUCCUCCUGACGCCCGACAGGAAGUUCCACAGCUUCGGCUACGCCGCCCGAGACUUUUACCACGACCUGGACCCACAGGAGUCCAAACACUGGCUCUACCUCGAGAAGUUCAAGAUGAAGCUCCACACCACCGCGAACCUGUCGAUCGACACGGAGCUGCAGGCGGCCAAUGGGAAGAGAGUGAAGGCGCUGGACAUUUUCGCGUACGCGCUGGCGUUCUUCAGGGAGCAGGCGCUCAAGGAGCUGAGCGACCAAACCGGAGGAGACUUCGACAACAACGACGUGCGAUGGGUGAUCACGGUGCCGGCGAUUUGGAAGAUGCCCGCCAAACAAUUCAUGAGAGAAGCAGCCUACAAGUCUGGUCUGGUGAGUCGUGAGAACCCGGAGCAGUUGAUCAUCGCUCUGGAGCCUGAGGCGGCGUCGAUUUACUGCAGGAAACUUCGUCUUCAUCAGAUGGUCGACCUGAGCGGGCAGAAGAGCGCCCAGAACGGCCUGAGCCCCACCGAGAACCUGGGCACCACCAUGGCACAAGCGAAGGAGAGCGUUCGGAAGAACAGACAGAGUCGGACGUUUCUGGUGGAAAAUGUGAUCGGAGAACUGUGGUCCGAGCUCCAGGAAGGAGACAGGUACGUGGUUGUGGACUGUGGAGGAGGAACCGUGGACCUCACUGUUCAUCAGAUCCGACUCCCUGAAGGUCACCUGAAGGAACUGUACAAGGCCUCAGGAGGUCCGUACGGCUCCAUUGGGAUCGAUUAUGAGUUUGAGAAGCUCCUGUGUCGGAUCUUCGGUCAGGACUUCAUCGAUCAGUUUAAGGUGAAGCGUCCGGCCGCGUGGGUCGACCUGAUGAUCGCCUUCGAGUCGAGAAAACGAGCGGCCGCCCCCGACCGCACCAACCCCCUGAACAUCAACCUGCCCUUCUCCUUCAUCGACUACUACAAGAAGUACAGAGGCCACAGCGUCGAGCACGCGCUGCGCAAGAGCAGUGUGGACUUUGUGAAGUGGUCGUCUCAGGGGAUGUUGAGGAUGAGUCCAGACGCCAUGAACUCUCUGUUCAAACCCACGAUCGACCACAUCAUCCAACACCUGCAGGAGUUGUUCUCGAAGCCUGAGGUGUCGGAUAUAAAGUUCUUGUUCCUGGUGGGAGGUUUCGCCGAGUCUCCUCUGCUCCAGGCGGCGGUUCAGGAGAUGCUGGAGGGGCGGAGUCGGAUCAUCAUCCCGCACGACGUGGGCCUGACCAUCCUGAAGGGGGCGGUGCUGUUCGGCCUGGACCCCAGCGUCAUUAAAGUGCGGCGUUCUCCUCUGACGUACGGCGUGGGCGUCCUGAACCGCUUCGUGGAGGGGAAACACCCGGCGGAGAAGCUGCUGGUGAAGGAGGGAACGCGCUGGUGCACGGACGUGUUCGACACGUUCAUCAGCACCGACCAGUCGGUGGCGCUGGGCGAGGCCGUCAAACGCAGCUACACGCCCGCCAAACCCAACCAGCAGGUCAUCGUCAUCCACGUGUACUGCGCCGAGAAGGAAGGCGUGGCCUUCAUCAGCGAGCCCGGCGUCAGGAAGUGCGGCACGUUAAAGCUGGACGUGAGCGGCACCGAGAGCAGCGCCCCCCGCAGGGAGAUCCAGACACUGCUGCAGUUCGGCGACACGGAGAUCAGAGCCAUGGCCGUCGACGUGAGCACCGGGCGAACCGUGAGGGCCAGCAUCGACUUCCUCAGCCACUAA